AUGGAGCUGCUGAGCUCGCCGAGUUAUCAUUUUAUUUCUCCAUUGACCAGAUCAAGAAGCGAUUUACGGUCUGCAGUCAUGAAGAGGUCGAGCUCGUUUUCUGGAUCCGGUUCGUUAUCGUAUAGUCCGUCAAUGACUCGAUUCUCACGUCCUAGUUACGGAUACGGUGGCGGAUAUAUGGCGAGAAGUCUCAGCAGAAGUGGAUCAUCGUUGUUCGGUCGUUCGCUUGCUGCAACAGCAUUGACAAAAACUCCACCAUUACAUAACGUAGGAGUUCAACGAAGUACACCGCAUUUCACAGACAAGUACCCUUAUGUUCGUUAUAGCUACGGGAAUACAGACACUGCCUUGGGAAUCGUUACACAAUCGGAAUCGGUGUACACUCGCCACUCCGGCAUUCGAGAUGUCGGCACAAAACGGUGGUUAGAAGGUAAUCUAACCUCCUACAGUCCAUCUCAAUUCCAAAGAUCCGAAUACAGAUCACCAAUCGAUCGUUCAUUCACACCUCAGAGGAGCUACAUACGCUACAUGCCUGUUGAAGAUGCCGUCGACAUGUACAAGAAGAGGUGCAUGACCGUUGGAACACUGUCUAAGUAUUGGCUGUCACCAGCCACAUGGGCAUCACGUCGAGAGAAAGAGUUGAACCUUUCGUCGUCGCUCAGUCGCGGAUUGUACUCCUACGCUAGCAGAUACAACAGAUUCAGUAGCCGUCUGUACUAG